AUGAAAAAAAUAAUUUAUGAAAUUAUAUCCGCAGUUCAUUAUUUACACACGAAAGAAAUAAAAUUCUUAAAUUUGACAUUGAAAGAUGUGUUGAUUACAUCUAGAGGGGAAGUUAAAAUACACAACUACUGCAUGGCGUAUUUAUUUAGUGAUUAUUUGCAUAACCCUAACAGUACUCAAAAUUUUUUUAAGAAUAAAUUUAGAUAUCGAAUGAUGUGCAUGUAUUUUCCAAACCGAUAUAAACACAAGGAAGAAGGGAGAGAAUUUCAAAAAGAAUCAUAUAAGACAUUCUCAUAUUUGAAAAAAGAUUCUCAUUCGUUUAAGAAUCUUCAUACAGAUGUAGUUAACCAGGAGAACAAAGUAACUUACAUGCACCGAACUAAGAAUAAUAAAAAAGGAACAAAAUCAAAGUUCUUAAGAAUGAAUCCUUUGAACACAUAUAAUAGUUUUAUAACUAAUCCAUUAUAUUAUCCUCCAUUUAUAUUGUUGCUGGACUUAAUGAAGAAUAAAAAGACAUCCCCCAUGCAUGAUCUGUACAAACACAUAGAUAUCUUCAGUGUGGGCAUAAUAAUACUACAAAUGGUUAAUGGUUUAUUCGGUUUUACCUUUGCCGUGAAAAAUUUUUUACAUUUUAAGGAAGCCCACGUCACUGUGCAAGUGAAAAGAGAAAGGCGCAAUCCUAAUGUAGGAGAAAAUUCCAUGCACAAUUCUAUGCACGAUUCUAUGCACGAUUCUAUGCACAAUUCCAUGCACGAUUCUAUGCACAAUUCCAUGCACAAUUCCAUGCACGAUUCUUCGUUUCCAUCCUCUCCUUCGUGUACUUCUGUUUCGUGUACUCACGGGUUGGCAAGUGUUCCAUGGAAGAGAGAAGAAAUGUAUUGCAAGAGAAACAUCAGGAAGGACAUGGAAAAGCACAGAGUUGUAAUUCAAAAGAAUAAUACAAUCACGUUGACAGAUAAUUUUGACAAGGUCUCCUCUGCAGUUAUGUGUAUUGACAAAGGGAGUAAUUUCUCUAACCCUCUUUUAGUGGAAAAACUGGAUGAAAAGGUUGGAUAUAUUGAAGAUGCUGCAUGCACUAUACAUUCUCAUUCGAAAUACUUGAUGGAUGAAGUAUACGAGAGCAUUCUUGAAUUUGAAGAGCUUCGAAAAGACAGACAAGGAAAGGAAGCCAGUAUGUGUCACAGGAAUAAUGAAGAGGGCCAAUUUUACGUUGAAAAAUUAGCAGAAGGAGGAGAAGACAUAUUCCAGAAAAUAGAAACUAUUUUUGUAUUUUUAUUGUACAUAAAAAUAUAUCAUAUUUUUAGAAAAGAAAAUGGAAAAAAACAAAAAAAAAAACAAAAAAAAAAAUUUGAUAACAAUGGAUGGAGUUUGUUGAAUAUAAAUGCGUACACUAUGUUUCGUGCCCAUUGUAAAUAUCAGGACGAUGUAGUAAAGAAGAAAUAUAAGCAUAUGAACAUGAUUACGUAUCAAAUUGUGAAAAAUAUCAUUGAAGGCUUGUUUAAUUUUAAAAUAAGUAUACGUUUCAUUAAAAGAGUUGAAAAUAUGCUUUCAGAGUUUUUUACCAUGCAUGUAGUGAAACAAAAUCUGAGAAAUAUAAAAUUUGAAACAGAAAAAUAUAAUGAAAAAAUAUUUUUUUUAAAUUUUAUGCAAAAAUGUCUAUCAUUAGAGUAUGAUAACAAGUCAGAUGGGUAUUCUUCUCUUCUAUCACACUAUUACUUCUACAACCAUGUGGACACAAAUAACCGUACAUUGGUUUAUAGAAAUACUAUAAUGAAAAAUAUUAAAAUGCACAGGCAUGAUAAAAUUGUCAGAAAUGGAGAAUAUUAUAACACUUGUUCGAUUUUCCAGAAAAACGCUGAGGAUAGGAAAAACAAGGUGAUGAUAACCUACAAGGAAGAAAGAAGCACAGAACAUUCGUAUAAGAAAAAAUUAUAUUAUCAAGUGAGUCAUUUAGAUAAGGAGGAGAACCCUCACAUAGAGUGUUACUCAAUAAGGGAAGAUCCCUCCGCAGGUUGUUACUAUUACAAUGAGCAUAUGGUAGAAUAUGUUAAAAGUACAUCCAAAGAAAAGGAAUUAAUGGAGAAAUACUUUAUCGAGAAGAGGGAUGUAUAUUAUUGGUUUGAUGUACUUUACAAAAUAAAUUAUUUUGAUGAAUUGGCUUAUUUAAAUAUUGUUAAUAAAUCUAGUAACAUUUUGAAAAUUCCAUACAUAGUUUAUAAAAGAAAAAAUCGAUAUUUUGAAUUUUUAUUUUUUUAUUUUUAUAAAUUACUUCUACUGAAUAGAUACCAAGGAGUGUUUAAUGUGUAUAAACAUUUAUUAAGGGGAAGAGGAAAAUUAAGAAGUUUAAACGCAGGUACUUCUUACUUCAGAUCUAAGCACAAAAUGAAUAAGUGUAAGUGUCAUUCGUAUGUAUCUACAAGAGGCAGUUGCAUAAAUGGGUACAUUUUCAGUGUGAAAAUAAGACAAUCUCUUCAUCUAUGUAAGAAAAAUCAUCACAUUACAGUGACACGUAGUAGUCCUAAUGAUAUAAAAGAUAAAAUUCGGAUGGGUGGUGAGCCAAUUCGGAUGAAUACAUGCUUGAGUAGCAGAAUGGAGGAUACUAAAAUGGGAGAGGGUUAUGCAGAUGGAUCUUCUAAUCAGUUGAAUGAAUUAGGAGGACGUGAAGGGUACAUUGGAAAUACGUGCUUUUUUAAUAUACCAAUUGAAGAGGAAUAUUUUCCAACUGCAUUCACAGAUUAUAGAGGAAAAAGGAUAUUGGGUAUAAAGUUAGCUGAAUUUUAUGAUGUUAUAGAAGAUGCUUAUGAGUUCAUUCAGUUAAAAAAUCGGGGUCAUAUAACUGACAGAGAGGAGAAGAAAAAGAAGAUAAUAACGACACCAGUGAUGAUGACGAGGACGAUGGCAUGUGAAUCGGAAAGGCAAGAAACGUCCGUUUAUGAAAAUGACUUUUCAUUUAUAUAUCAAUACAGUCUUCAUUUAAACUUGCAAAAAUUGUUAAAAGCUGAUCCUCUUAACACCUUUGAAUUGUUGAAAGAGGUGAAAUGUGGAUUUCCUUAUCAUAUGAGAACAUUAGCAUAUCUCACACUUCUUGGUUAUUCAUAUUACUUGUUGGUUAGGAAAUCUGCAGAAAAGGAGGAAAAGAUGAAGUACUUUAUUCAUGGAACUCAUUUGAGAAAAAUAAUAGGACGAGAAGUUAUGACAUCUAUAAGAGGGAGGAAGAUAUAUCCAUGUUGGAACAUCCAUGAGAUAGAUAGAAAGAAAUCACGUAAGAACCUAUCGAACAGAUUGACAAAGGUGAUACGAAAUAGUAACACAUCAGAAAAUGAUGAAGUGGAUAGACAAAAUAUACGAACGUAUGGAAAAUUAAAAAGAUGUGAUGGAAAUUUUAAAGAUGAUUUGCCUAUGAAAGAAGAAGGAGAGAGUAGACGACACACAGACAUAAUACCACAUGAAUGGAUUAACAAAAAGGGAGUGAAACGUUUUUUAAAGAAAUAUAGAUUAUACAGUGACUUGGUUGGAAGUACAGAUUUUGCGGAGAGAAUGUAUUCACUUUUAUUAUUACUUAAUAUAAAGUUUGGUAUAAAAAAUAAGUACUUGAAGAAUUUGCUACUACCAUUAAUUCUUCUGUAUUAUAAUGACAUAUACUUAUGUUACAAAUGUAGCAAAAAAUUGAUACAAAAUUAUUUAUUAGAUAUAUACACAAAUAAGCAGAAUUUAGGGGAAUUCUUAUACACUUUUAAUUGUCUCUUAAAUCAUUACAUUCCUGAAUUAUCUUUAUUUUUUUUUAAAAAUUCCAUUAACAUUUCGAAUAUAAUUUAUAGCUGGGUUUGUUCAUUAUUUGCAAACUUUUUCGAUUUGCAAAAUAUUUUUCUCUUACUCGAUAAGAUUCUUACACAACCAAGAUCUUUCAUUUUUUUCAUAUGUAUUAGCAUCUUAAUAUAUCUGAAAAGGUAUAUUUUAAUGAUGAGCAUGUGUAGAUACAAUCUGCAUAAGCAUCUAUUUGCUUUAGCUACUUUAGUGAAUUUAAAUUUUGUGUUAAAAAAUUCCAUGCAUAUGUUUCAUACAUGUCCAAUAAUGCACACGCAAUUUCCUAGAGUUAUUACAUCAUUGGAAAAAGAAGGAAAAAUCUCAGAGGAAAAUUUUACCCAAAUCGAAAUUACACAUGGUGAUGAAAGGGAUCAUAUGAAUUACUUAUCCUAUCUAAUUAUGGAUACACAUUGGAUGCAAUAUUAUGUACACAAAAAUACAUUUCAGGUUUAUAAAAAGGGGGGGGGGAGGGGAAGAAGUGUAAUCAGAGAAAUAAUGCAUGGAAAAACAAACUCGGGGAGUGGCAGGAGUAUCGACUCAAGUCAUAUGAACUUAAUUAAAGAAGGGCGUGUCAGUAGGGCAGCUCUCAAUUUCUUAACAAGGAGACGAAGCAAAAGGGGGGGAGGUUUACAUCGGGGCGAAGCAAAUCGGGAAGAAAUCAAACGUAAUGUAGUAAAGCUUAAAAUUCCAAAACGUGGCAAAUUAAAAUUUAGCAAAAUAAAACUUAAUAAAUCAAAACUGAAUAAAUCAAAACUGAAUAAAUCAAAACUGAAUAAAUCAAAACUGAAUACAUUAAAGCAUGACAAAUUCGAAAUAGACAAACUUAAACAUAACAAAUUAGAAAUGAACAAAUUAAAAGAUGGCAAAAAACCGAAAGCAAAUAGUGGUAUCACGAAUCUGUGUGCAUUGCAAGUGGCAAACAAAGCACUUGAAACUGAAAAAAAAAAAAAAAAAAUGACAAAAAGGAAUACGCCAAAUGUAACGCAUUAUUACGAAUUAUUUUUGAAGAAUUACAAUAUAAACAAAAAAAAAAAAAAUUUAAGUGAAUUCUCUCAUUAUGAAAACAAAAUAGUAACAAAAUAUAAACACAAAGUAAAAGAAACUAAACACAAGGAAAAAGAAAGUGUACAAAGAAGUAACGAAAACAAUGAUGCUACUAAAAAACGAGUAUGUUACAAGUUAACAGAUAAAAAAAUUAAAAAGAGAUUUAAAAUUGAAGAUCUUGUUCGACUGUAUAACUUUCCUAUGUUUCCAUUUUUUUACGUAACAGAUUUAGCAGAUGAAUUAUCUCUUGAAAAUUACAUAAUUGUGGAUAUGAGAUCUCCAGAAGAAUUUAAAAAAAAAAGACUAAAACAUUCUGUACAUGUUAAUACAUUUUUGACUAAUUUCAAAAAGGGAUUGUACAACAACUACUUGGAUGAUAGUUACGAAACGGACAUUCAUUUAAAGACAAUCAUCCUUGGGUUUAAUGGACCCAUUUUGGAUUUUGAUAUCAUUUACAAUUUUCUAAAUUUAAAAAUUAAACGUAUUACAAUUCUCUGGGGUGGCUUACAAUAUGCUAUGAGUAACAUGCCUUCAAAUUAUUUCACGUGA